AUGCCCUACACCACAGACCACAAACAACACCCAGCUAAACAGCUCCUAUUAAUAGCUAAGGACGCAUCUCUUGACCAAGUUGUUCAGUCGUCCACACGUAUAACAAAAUACACCAGUAACCUUAUUGACCUUUUCUUCACGAAGAACAUUACUCUCAUCAAUAAAUGUGAGACCAUCCCUGGGAUAGGCGACCACGAAGCCAUAUUCGUGGAUUCGAGUCUACACCCUAAGAAGGUGAAGAAACCGCCAAGAAAGGAUGAACUCCUGAUUUCUCUAGACAAAGGGAAACAACAUGAACUUGCCAUUCUGGACUUCAGCAAGGCGUUCGACAAAGUUCCACACCAGCGCCUGUUGACCAAGCUUCACCACUACGGCAUAAGCGGCCAGACCAUAGAGUGGAUCCGAGUCUUUCUGACCGACAGAACUCAUUGA